AGAAAAAAAAAAGAGGGAGCGAAGAAGGGAAGGAAAGAAGGGAAGAGAAGGGAAAUUUUUUUAAAAAAAAAAAAAAAAAAAAAGCAAAGCAAAGCCGCCCGCCUCUCCCCUGCCCGCCCGCUGCCCGCAGAGCCAUGGCCGGGCUGCGGAGCUGCGGGCUGCUCCUCUGCCUGCUCCUGGCCCGGGCCAUGCACGUCCCCGACUACUCCUACGUGCUGGAGGAGGAGGAGGAGGACGCCGAGCCCCUGGACUACAAGGACCCCUGCAAAGCCGCCGCCUUCCUGGGAGACAUCGCCCUGGACGAGGAGGACCUGCGGCUCUUCCAGGUGGAGCGGGUGGUGGACCUGGCGCACCGCACCAUCACCCGCCUGCCCACCAACUCCUCAGGUACCCCCGCAGCCCCUCGCGGCCCCGUUUCCCGGGGGGGGGGAGCCGCCCGUGCUCACCCCACCCCCACCCCCCCCAUCCCCGCAGGCAGCCCCCAGGCGCGGAGACGGGGCCGGCAGCGGGCACGGAGCCGCCGCGCCGCCACCUCCCGCCCCGAGCGAGUGUGGCCGGACGGGGUCAUCCCCUACGUGAUCAGCGGCAACUUCAGCGGCAGCCAGCGAGCCAUCUUCCGGCAGGCCAUGCGGCACUGGGAGAAGCACACCUGCGUCACCUUCCUGGAGCGCAACGACGAGGACAGCUACAUCGUCUUCACCUACCGGCCCUGCGGGUGCUGCUCCUACGUGGGCCGCAGAGGCGGGGGGCCCCAGGCCAUCUCCAUUGGCAAAAACUGCGACAAAUUCGGCAUCGUGGUGCACGAGCUGGGCCACGUCAUCGGCUUCUGGCACGAGCACACGCGCCCCGACCGGGACGACCACGUCUCCAUCGUCCGGGAGAACAUCCAGCCAGGGCAGGAGUACAACUUCUUGAAGAUGGAGCCGGAGGAGGUGGAGUCGCUGGGCGAGACGUACGAUUUCGACAGCAUCAUGCACUACGCCAGGAACACCUUCUCCAGGGGCAUUUUCCUCGACACCAUCCUGCCCAAGUAUGACGUGAACGGGGUCCGGCCCGCCAUCGGCCAGCGCACACGGCUGAGCAAAGGAGACAUCGCCCAGGCCCGCAAGCUGUACCGCUGCCCCGCCUGCGGGGAGACGCUCCAGGACAGCCAGGGCAACUUCUCCUCGCCCCAGUUCCCCAACGGAUACUCUGCCCACAUGCACUGCGUCUGGAGGAUCUCCGUCACCCCCGGAGAGAAGAUCAUCCUGAACUUCACCACCCUGGACCUCUACCGAAGCCGGCUGUGCUGGUACGACUACGUGGAGGUGAGAGACGGGUUCUGGAGAAAGGCCACGCUGCGAGGCAGGUUCUGCGGGAACAAGCUGCCCGAGCCCAUCGUCUCCACCGACAGCCGCCUCUGGGUCGAGUUCCGCAGCAGCAGCAACUGGGUGGGCAAAGGCUUUUUCGCCGUCUACGAAGCCAUCUGCGGGGGGGACGUGAAGAAGGACAACGGGCACAUCCAGUCCCCCAACUACCCCGACGACUACCGGCCCAGCAAGGUGUGCGUCUGGAAGAUCACCGUCUCCGAGGGCUUCCACGUGGGCCUCACCUUCCAGUCCUUCGAGAUCGAGCGCCACGACAGCUGUGCCUACGACUACCUGGAGAUCCGGGACGGCAGCAGCGAGGCCAGCAGCCUCAUCGGCCGCUACUGCGGCUACGACAAGCCGGACGACAUCAAGAGCACCUCCAACAAGCUCUGGAUGAAGUUCGUCUCCGACGGCUCCAUCAACAAAGCCGGCUUCGCCGUCAAUUUCUUCAAAGAGGUGGACGAGUGCUCGCGGCCGAACAACGGCGGGUGCGAGCAGCGCUGCGUCAACACCCUGGGCAGCUACAAGUGCGCCUGCGACCCCGGCUACGAGCUGGCCUCCGACAAGCGCCGCUGCGAGGCCGCCUGCGGAGGGUUCCUCACCAAGCUCAACGGCUCCAUCACCAGCCCCGGGUGGCCCAAGGAGUACCCCCCCAACAAGAACUGCAUCUGGCAGCUGGUGGCCCCCACCCAGUACCGCAUCUCCCUGCAGUUCGACUUCUUCGAGACCGAGGGCAAUGACGUCUGCAAAUACGACUUCGUGGAGGUGCGCAGCGGGCUGACGGCCGACUCCAAGCUGCACGGCAAGUUCUGCGGCGCCGAGAAGCCGGACGUCAUCACCUCCCAGUACAACAACAUGAGGAUCGAGUUCAAGUCCGACAACACCGUCUCCAAGAAGGGCUUCAAAGCCCAUUUCUUCUCAGAUAAGGACGAGUGCUCCAAGAACAACGGCGGCUGCCAGCACGAGUGCCUCAACUCCUUCGGCAGCUACGAGUGCCAGUGCCGCAGCGGCUUCGUGCUGCACGACAACAAGCACGACUGCAAGGAAGCCGGCUGCGACCACAAGGUGACGUCCACCUCGGGGACCAUCACCAGCCCCAACUGGCCCGAUAAGUACCCCAGCAAGAAGGAGUGCACGUGGGCCAUCAGCAC